UGGCGUGGGGGGGAAUCCGGAAAGGACGCCCCACUCACCUAAAAGCGCGCCGCACAAAAACCGCCGCCAGUACAUGGGGUGCCGCUUCCUGGAACGACGACUCAAGAACUGCGGGGCGGGCCAGCGCAGGGCCCUGCCGCCGCCGCCGCCAGCAAACCCCGCCCCUCACACCGGGAGCUUGUCUACGUCAUCGCUGCGGCUCCGCUACCACCCCGCCCUGCCUCGAGAGCCUCAUGUCGCUGCAUGAUGACGUUAAAGAGUUGUGGAUGGGGCAAAGUGCGGGCAAAAGGGAUGAGGGGAAAGGAUACCGUGUGAGUCUAGAGCGCCGAGUCACCUGAUGCCGUAAAGAGCAGCUGUGCUCCUCAGGUCAUGUUCCCUAAAGAUCACUGCAGCCUUUGCUAAUCCUAGGGGUGGCAUCCUAUGCCUGUAUUUUGUUUGCUAGCUUUCCGUGGCUCUGUCUGAGAUCAGAAUGACAACUGUAAUCAGGAGUUUCAGGGUCUUGCCAUUAAAGGCCCUCUUCAGACUCCUUCCCAGGCCUUGCGGUCUUCACACAUCUGCCAGCCAGGCCAACUCCAACAGAACGUCCCUCGUUUGCAUGUCGCGGCAGAAAUACACCCGGCUCUAUCCAGUGCUUCUAGUCAGGCCCGAUGGCUCUACAAUCCACAUCCGUUACAAGGAGCCAAGGCAGAUCCUUCAGAUGCCUGUAGACAUCAACACCCUCCCUGAAGCAGAAAGAAAAGCUCGGUUGCGGAAGCGAGAUGCCAGCAAGCUUAAACCCAAACUGGAGGUAACGUUUGAAGAUGACUUCGAACUGGAUGAUUACAGAAAAUUUUGGAAAAAGAAAUGAGAUUCUCCCCUCUCGCCACCCGAAGGUGGAAAAUCAGUCAAAGCAGAUACUUAACAAUGUUGUUAAAAAGUCCACAAAUAAAGAGGUUGUCAGUUUGUU